CCUGGGCCUGAGCACCGGCCCCGGGCCGAGGCAGCGGCGGCAGCGGCCACUGGAGCGCGGGGGCCGAGCGGAGGGGCCGGAGGGAAGGCAGGGAGGGAGGGCCCCGGCCGCCCUGCCCUCCGCCCUCCGCCGCCGCGCCCGCCCGCGCCCCCCUCCCCGCGCCGCCCGGCAUGGACGGCGGCGGGGGCGGCCCCGAGGGCACCGGCCUGGAUAAAAUGCUCGAGGGCUCCGCUCGCUGCCGAAGAUCCCUCCCCGCCCUGCCCCUGCCGUGAUCCCGACCCCCGCCGCAGCCCAGCCAGGACCCCCCGCGCCCGCCGGGCUCCGAUGGAAGAGGCGCCGGGCCGGAGCAGCCCCCCCGGGACGGAGGGCGCCCCAUGAGCCCCCCCAGAUGAGCCACGCAGCCAAGGGGGAGCCCCCCGGGGCCGGCAUGGCGCAGGAGGGGCCGCCCGCCUUCUACCCCAGCCAGGAGCUCGACCUGUCCACCAAGGUGUACAAGAGGGAGUCAGGGAGCCCCUUCUCGGUGCUGGUGGACAGCAAAGUGAGCAAGGGCCACCUCCACGAGAGGGAGGAGCAGCCGUUUUUCAGGGAGAGCAGAGCGGUAGGAGAGGUCCGGGCUGUGAAAGAAGACAGGGAAAACUCUGACGACUCUGAGGAGGAGGAAGAGGAGGAAGAUGAAGUGACUUACAAAAGGGAGCAGAUUAUAGUGGAGGUAAACCUUAACAACCAAACCUUAAAUGUGUCCAAAGGGGAGAAGGGUGUCCCCUCCCAGUCCAAAGAGACUGCUGUCCUUAAGAGCAGCAGUGAGGAAGAGGAGGGUGACAGUGGGGAAGAGGCCACGGAAGACAGUAAUGAUUAUGAGGAGAAUGAGAGGCAGAAGAAAAAGGAGAAAAGAGUGGAGAAGGUUAGUGUUGGCCAGAGGAGAAGCAGGAGAGCCGCCUCCGCCGCGGCCGCCGCCGCCUCGCCGGCGCCCCGGGCCACGCGCGGGCGCAGGAAGAGCACGGAGCCCCCCAAGCGUAAGAAGAAAGCUGCAAAGGAGCCCAAGGCACCUGUGCAGAAAUCCAAGUGCGAAGAGAAGGAGACUCUGACCUGUGAGAAGUGCCCCAGGGUGUUUAACACACGCUGGUACCUGGAGAAGCACAUGAACGUCACCCACAGGCGGAUGCAGAUCUGCGACAAAUGUGGGAAGAAAUUUGUGCUAGAGAGUGAGCUGUCCCUCCACCAGCAAACUGACUGUGAAAAAAACAUCCAGUGCGUGUCCUGCAACAAAUCCUUCAAGAAGCUCUGGUCCCUCCACGAGCACAUCAAGAUCGUGCACGGCUACGCCGAGAAGAAAUUCUCCUGCGAGAUCUGCGAGAAGAAAUUCUACACCAUGGCCCACGUGCGCAAACACAUGGUUGCCCACACCAAGGACAUGCCCUUCACCUGCGAGACCUGCGGCAAGUCCUUCAAGCGCAGCAUGUCCCUCAAGGUGCACUCCCUGCAGCACUCGGGGGAAAAGCCCUUCCGCUGCGAGAACUGCGACGAGAGGUUCCAGUACAAGUACCAGCUGCGCUCCCACAUGAGCAUCCACAUCGGGCACAAGCAGUUCAUGUGCCAGUGGUGUGGCAAGGACUUCAACAUGAAGCAGUACUUCGACGAGCACAUGAAAACCCACACUGGAGAGAAGCCCUUCAUCUGCGAGAUCUGCGGCAAGAGCUUCACCAGCCGGCCCAACAUGAAGCGGCACCGGCGCACGCACACGGGCGAGAAGCCGUACCCGUGCGACGUGUGCGGCCAGCGCUUCCGCUUCUCCAACAUGCUCAAGGCGCACAAGGAGAAAUGUUUCCGAGUCACCAGCCCCGGCACCAGCCCCGGCCCCGGCCCCGCCGGCCCCGCGCUGCUGCCCGGGCCCUGCCCGGCCCCUCCGGCCGCGGGCGCCGCCGCGCUGGGGCUGGGCCCGGCCGCGCCGCCGCGCCCCGUCCCGCACCCCUACGGCGCCCUGGCCCUGCCGCCCCACGGGCACCACCCCCACGGGCACCACCCCCAGCACCUGCCCGUGCCCCCCGUGCCGCACCUGCCGCCGCCCCCCGCCCUGUUCAAGAGCGAGCCCCUGAACCACCGCGGGCACGGCCACGGGCACGGCGGCGACGGCUUCCUGCGGCACCUGGAGAAGGGCGGCCCGGCACAGCCGCACUGACACCGGCUGGCACCUGGCACCUGGCAUCCAGCUGUCGGGGUCAGAUAUUCCUGCUGGGUGUGGAUCCAGGUGGGAAUUUUAUUGGGAGGGAGAUUUUGUCCUGGAAAUUGGGGAAAUUGGGGAAUUUGGGGAUGGGAGGUGCGGGAACCGGCGGGGUCUGCCAGCAGGGGGAGGGGAAGGCGCCGGGCCGGGAUUGCGGGGAAUUCCCGGGGGAUUCCCGGGGCUGCCGUCCGGGUCUGGGGAGUUCCUGGAAUUCCUGGGAGAGGGGAAUGCAGAGGGAUCGGGGAAUUCUGGAAUUCCUGACUGGGGAAUGCAGUGGGAUCAGGGAAUUCUGGAAUUCCUGAUUGGAGAAUGCAGUGGGAUCAGGGAAUUCCUGAUUGGGGAAUGCAGUGGGAUCAGAGAAUUCCUGAUUGGGGAAUGCAGUGGGAUCAGGGAAUUCAGGAAUUCCUGAUUGGAGAAUUCAGUGGGAUCAGGAAAUUCAGGAAUUCCUGAAUGGGGAAUGUAGUGGGAUCAGGGAAUUCAGGAAUUCCUGAAUGGGGAAUGCAGUGGGAUCAGGGAAUUCCAGAGAGGGGAAUGCAGUGGGAUCAGGGAAUUCUGGAAUUCCUGAGAGAGAAAUGCAGUGGGAUCAGGGAAUUCUGGAAUUCCUGAGAGAGAAAUGCAGUGGGAUCAGGGAAUUCUGGAAUUCCUGAAUGGAGAAUGCAGUGGGAUCAGGGAAUUCAGGAAUUCCUGAAUGGGGAAUGUAGUGGGAUCAGAGAAUCUGGAAUUCCUGAAUGGGGAAUGCAGUGGGAUCAGGGAAUUCAGGAAUUCCUGAAAGAGGAAUGUAGUGGGAUCAGGGAAUUCCUGGGAGUGGGGAAUGAAGAGGGAUCAGGGAAUUCCUGGGAGGGGAAUGCAGUGGGAUCAGGGAAUUCAGGAAUUCCUGAUUGGGGAAUGCAGUGGGAUCAGGGAAUUCCUGGGAGGGGAAUGCAGUGGGAUCAGGGAAUUCUGGAAUUCCUGAUUGGGGAAUGCAGUGGGAUCAGGGAAUUCUGGAAUUCCUGAUUGGGGAAUGCAGUGGGAUCAGGGAAUUCCUGAUUGGGGAAUGCAGUGGGAUCAGGGAAUUCUGGAAUUCCUGAGAGGGGAAUGUAGUGGGAUCAGGGAAUUCUGGAAUUCCUGAGAGAGAAAUGCAGUGGGAUCAGGGACAGGGAAUUGAGGGAAUUCCAAGGGGAGGAUCAGGGACAGAGAAUUCCUGGAAUUCCUGGGAGCUCCUGCCUGGUUUUGGGGAGAUUUUGGCAUGAAGCUGUCCCACAGCUCUGGAUGUUCCCAGACAGCUCCAUCCCAGGAAUCCAGGAUGGAUUUUAGGGUCAGGGCCGGGGAUUUUGGGCAAAUCCAGGUCUGGGAUGGGGAGCUGGAGCUGUUCCCAUGGGAAUUGCCCCAUUCCAAGGGCUGGGAUCCCUUGGGACCCCUCGGGUUGGAUUUUUCCCCCCCUGGAUCCAGGAAUUCGCUCUCCCUGCCAGAGCAGUGCCCAGCAAAUCUCAAAUUCCCGGGAAUUCCUGGGAAUUCCUCCUCUUGUGCCGCUUUUCCACCCCAAUCCCACCAAACCCGGAGAUCCCAGAAGGGAGCUCUGCCUGUUCGUGGGUUUUGGGAUUCAUUUUGGGCCAGAAAAGGCAGAAUUCUCCCCCAGGACAAAGCUGGAGUGGGAAUUCCCUCCUCCCUGGAUGUUUUCCCAGCUUUUUCCUAAUCCCAGAGUUGGGUUUUCCAUAACAUUGGAAAUUUUGGGGCCGUUUUGGGCCCAAACCUCUCGGUUUUGGCUGGGCUGAAAGCCCCUCCUGAUGAAAGAAAUGCCAUUUUUUAACCAUUUCCUCCAGGAUUUUUAAUUCCCCCUCUUCCCCUCUGGCAGGAAAUAAUUCCAAUCCCGAAUUCCCAACGUUGCAAUUCCCUGGAAUCCUCUGCAUUCCUCCCCCUGCAGCCUCCAGUGGUGCCACAAUUUCCUGCUCAGGAUAAUCCAUUUUUUCCAUGCUGAAAAACCCCCAAAAUUGAGCCAUCAAAAAUUUGUGUUCCAGGUUUUCCAAAGCCAUUUUUCCUCCUCAAUAAAUCCUCCAGCAUUCCGGGCUGUUCUUCCAAGAAUUCCAGAAUCUGGGAUGUUUUUUGGUUUGGAUUUUUUGUUUUUUUUUUUUUUUUUCCUGCUCUUCAGCUCCGCUCUGUAUCGGAUCACUCUGAGAAUUUAUGAACUUCCUUUCUGUGGAAGAAGAUUAAAAAUUCCAACCCCUC